CCCACCCGCCGCGUCCGAAUUUUCUGCAUUCGAACAGAGUGAGGAGUUUUCGGCGGUCGCAUUAGCGAGCCACGCUUUCGGCAGUUACGCGGUCGCUCUAUCGCGCUCGGCGACACAAGCGCGUUGCAAUAUGCGGAAGUGAGCACGGACAUCGCCCGGGGCUAGUGCUAGUGAUUCAAGUGAUACGAAGUGAACGCACAUUCAGUGACGAACUAUGGUAUUUGUGCACGGCUCGGCAGAGCAUUGACGGUCUUAACGCAUUCGAGGACUGCAAUUUUGGACUUUAUGGACGCAAGGGCAGGAAUCCGAGGCGGCCCGGGCAUGGACACCCAGCAGCAGCAGUACUGCUUGAAAUGGAACAGCUUCGGCUCGAACCUGGCCACCUCGUUCGCAAAUCUAUGGAACUCGGAGAGCCUUGCCGAUGUCACGCUGUAUUGCGAAGGUCGCCAGUUCAAAGCACACAAGGUUAUCCUGGCAGCUUGCAGUAAGCACUUCCAAGAGCUAUUCGACACAGCCCCGCCUAGCCAUGCGGGCGCCUGCUACGUCAUUCUCGAAGCCACCACGGCGGACAACAUGCAGGCCCUCCUGGAGUUCAUGUAUAAGGGCGAGGUGCACGUCAGUCAGGAUGCCCUCUCCAGCUUUCUUAAGAGCGGCGAGAAUUUACAGGUCAAAGGCCUGUCCAUGGAGAUGUCCCAAGACGCUUGGGUGAAGCAACAGACCCAACAGUCCGGGGAGCGUCACCAGACCCGCGUGAAGACGAGCCCAGUAGCUGGUGUGAACUGCGAGGUCCAGGAGUCAGCGCCACCGCAGCCUCAUAGCGGAUCCUUCGGACCUAUCAUGACUCAAUACGGAAUACCAAUUCAUGGUGGCAGUGGCGGGAUGGGGCGGUAUGCACCACCCGCUCACGUGCCAAUACAUUCGUCAUCGCAUCGAAGACCACCGCCUCCGAAACCGUCGCCAUCUGCCAGCCCUGUUACAAGGAAUUACAGGCAAAGCUCAUCUUCAUCGCACUGUGGUAGUGUGGCGGACGAGCCGGAUACUCGCUCGUCACCUGGCGCUGGUGCCCGAUAUGAAGAGAACCCCCCCGACUGUACCUCUAGUGUGAACAACCCGAUCAAGAACAAUGGCUAUGAACGAUCUGCUCCGGCUAAGGAUGAAAAUAUGGAACGCUUACCAACUGACCAGGGCGCUGAAGAUUUACGGAUAAAAAGCGAGAACGACUACGCAGCUGGCUACAACAACUCGCCGCCGCCCGUAGUGCCGAUAUCCACGACCAACUACCACGACAACCCGCAUGAGACCUCGCCUGUUCCGCCCAAGCCCAGCCCCGACAUUUGGCCUACGAAGAUCAUCACUAGCAAGUCUGGAGGAAUCGCUACUGCUGACGGAAAGAAACUAAAGUGUCCAUACUGCGAGAGACUGUACGGCUACGAGACGAACCUGCGCGCGCACAUCCGCCAGCGGCACCAGGGCAUCCGCGUGCCCUGCCCGCACUGCUCGCGCACCUUCACCCGCAACAACACCGUGCGCCGCCACAUUGCCCGGGAACAUCGCCACCAGGUCACCCCCCACCUCCCUCAAGGCCCUCUACCCAAUCACACGCAGUAAACCCUUUGAGUUAUUCCAAACUAUCAACCGAUCUACCUCUAUUCUUUCCGACCGGUCCGAACGACCCCACUUCAGGGCGUCCGACCGCGUCCCUAACACGCGUACAAUAAAUAUACCUCGUUUAAUGCAUAUUUAUGUAACAGUAAUCUACCUCAAAAUUGAUCUUAAGAAUUUUUUAAGAUGUUUUGAAUAUGUGCGAUAAUAUUUACUUAAUUUAAUCUCCACGUGUAACUGUGUGGUCGCUCAGUGUUCACCUUUUUAUGGUACCGUGUUUUGAACAUUUUGUACCUAUUUCAUCCCUACGCUACGUACCUUAAUUUGACUGUGAAUUGAAGUUACCUUUAUAGACGUUUAUUUUGAGCUCUCGGUCGUUAUGAUAUAGCUUAUUUUAUAUUAAACUGAGCUAGGGAAUCUUAGAAUCGAUGUCGAGACUGACGGUCAUAGGCUUAGUAUGUAAAUAAUAGGAGAAUGUAUAUCGCCGUGACCUCGGUCGACGUGUUACUGUGGCAAAUUAUAUCUCUAUUUUAUAUUAUUUUUCUUAUUCUAUAAUUCAUAACAAUAGACUGCAAAACCGGGUUAAGUUUUAUAAUUUUAACGCAUCUGUGAUACAAUAGAACAGGCUCUAUGAUAAUUUAGUUUUUGCCACACUGUCAAGUAAUCCGAAGCGAUGUCAGAAUGCGGGAAAUCAGAUUUGUGCGGUACAGUGCAUGGUUUUAGUUUGUACAAAGUACAAUUCGCCCUAGGGACAUAAGUAGUUAGGUAAAGACGUGUUAAUUUGUUUGCAUGUAAGUUAGGAGGCGUGAAUGUAAUACCUAUAUUUUGUUCGUUCCCAACUCGCCUGUUCGGGUGUUACUAUUGAGACCAAAUAUUAUAUGUUUUAACGCGAUGGUGUCGAUUUUAUCAUUCCGUUAAAUGUUUUCGUAGUGCAUUUAGAAGGCCACUUAAUUUUUAUAUAGCUAGUCAUUUCAAGUGCAACCAGUUGAGAUUGAAAUAUUUAAUAUAUGGUGGCCGGUGUCGCUAAUGUAUUAUAAUUGAGAGGGCGACGCCGGCUUCCUACACCUUAGUAUCUGCAUUAUCAAGCAAAUGGGACAGUGCCAAAUAUCCUCAAAUUUUAAGUUCACAUUUAUUUAUUUUAUAUUUUUUCUUUGUUACGUGUGAAUGUAGCAACUGUGUGUUGUUCCUGAUAUUUAGGAAUGAGUUGCAUUCAUAUUUAUUAUAUUUAUAUUUUAGGUUACAAUAAAUAUUUUUUAUGAAGAACGCUUUAUGAAGGCUCAGUGAUUUUAUUAUAUGUUCCGUUGUCGUGUAGUUGGAAUCUGAAUGUUUACCUCGAUUUCCUUAAUGUAUUUAGCAUCUAUUAACACUUAACUCAGUCCUGUUAGUGUCAGUAUAGAUAAGAAAUUCUUAUAUAAAUGUCCUUUAAAUAUUAAGAAGAAAAUAUUUUCGAAUAGUUCUCUACAAUCAAAGAUAAAUUAACAUUCUUGUACCUUUUUGUUAUUUCCUGUACAACAUAAAGAAGCUAUUUUACAAAUUAGAGGUCUUUAAAGAUUUAUACUUCAAUAUUUUUAAUUGAUCUUGUAUUUUAUAGUCUUACUAUUUUAUCUGUAUUUUUAUCUCAGUGAAUAAUUGUUCCUUGGUCAAAUAGUUUAUUGAAAGGAAACGGCAAAGGCUACGGGUAGAUUGAAAUUGCGGAGAAGUGUCGAGUGUGGCCUAAAUUCCUUGAGUACAAUGGGAGGUCGCAGUAUCUUUUACUUGGAUAUGAAAACGUUAGCAGAACGUUAUGUUGGGGUAGAUAUUGGAACGGACAAAUUUUGAAAUAAAACAAAAUGAAUAAAAAUAAAAAUUAUCGCACGGAUGUGUACCUACUGAAGGAAGGUUUGAUUUUGCGUGGUUCUGGUUUGGAUUGAGAAAUGAACUAGACAUGAAUCAACGCACUUUAAAAACGAUAGUCUUCAACGUCAAGACUAUUUGAUUUGCCAUAUGUCUUUGUAUACAACGGUCUUAACCAUAGGCCAUUUAUAUGGGCCAGCUCGCCGAUUUUUCGAUAGAAAUUCUCGGUACUUGUGUACAUAUUUCAAGAUGGUUCACACCUCAGAUUCACUGGUCCAUAUAAAAGGCCUAAAGUAUACUUUAGGUUUUUAAUAGUUGUAACAUUUUUUCUUAUAAAUGUUCUUGUCUAGUUGGGCUAAAUUGGGAAUUAACUUGACCUUUUAUUUUUAUCUUUGGAUAAUUAUUGUAAUAAAUACAUUUUAAUAUUUUUUUGGCAUUUACGUUAGGCGUACUAUUGUUAAGACAUGUUUUCUAUCAAUCUUAAAUUGUUAAAUUUCCUUUAUUAUAUUUGAAAAAUAUUAUGUAGAAGGAGUAAUUAUUCUGUUUUUUUUCUUUUGUUUCUUAUGAAUUUAAAAUUCAUAGAUGUGAUUUCUUUUGACAUUUAAUGUUUUGUGAUAUGUAAAGGAGAAUUGCAUUAAUGCAUCACUUUUCUUUUUAUUUUUGUUCUUAAUUUGAUAGCGAUAGAUUUACAUGUGGAUUCGCUGGUUUGCGCAAGUACAAAAGAUCAAAAUAUCAAUUACGUCAAUUUUUUAUUGUUUACCAUUUUGUGAAGUUUCAUCCUUUGUUGUUGUGUACAAAGUUCGGUAUACUACUAAUGUUUGGAUAGUUGAAAUCACAUUAAAUUAAGUUUUCUCGUUGUUAUGUCUAAUGUAAGUGGACGUAUGUCUGCGCUAGAUGUAAUAUAAUUGAUGUGAUAAGGUUUAAAUAAGUCGAUGUUUGCAUCCUCCCCUCCCUCAGGCCGAUCUCUAAUACAAGUGCGAGAUAAUAUAGAAAAUGAGUUAUAAGUAAAUUCGUAUUGAGGUUUUGUUGAAUAUUGGCUAAUGUUUGGUUUUGAAGUUUGAGCAAGAAGGUAGUCGUACAGUUGAAAAGAAUUGCUUUGAGGGUUAGUAUUUAUUGAAAAUUGUUACAAAAACUUCAUUGUAUCAUUAUAAUUUAUAAUACACACUAGUAAUUGAUUUUAAUGCAAUUUUGACUCUAAUGUGAAACGCAUAAGAAUCAAUUUAUAGAACACCUUUGUACAAUUGAUUGUAGUUAUAAUAUAUAAUUUUCAAUAAAUAUUCCUCUAUGUUCAGUUAAAUUUUAAAAGAAAUAACUUUAUAACAUCUACCUCUGUCAUUCCUGUGCAAUAGAUAAAACUCGCUGGCUCAAAGCUGCAUUUAUUUUGCUUAAACUUUGUCUCCAUUUUGGGUUAUUAUGGUAUAGUUUUAAGUUUAUUUUAAUUGUAUAUAAAUCGCGAUAUGUCGUGAUGGUAAAGCCAAAGAUUGUUACGGGUAUGGUGACCCUCUGCCGUCACAUGGGUUGUCCUGCGAUAUGCAUUCAAAGAUUUGUAUUACUACAAAUCUACAAUACAACAUUAGCUGAACGAAUAUGUAUCACAGUACAAUCCAAAUUAGUCUAUAAGUUUAUCUACCUCGAGGAUUAAAAUAAUUUUAAGCUUAUAAAUAGAUUUUUAUAUGAUGAAAUACUUAGGUUAAGCGUAAUGGGAAAUUUAUGAAAAGUACAAAUUGCUACCUCAGGAUUCAAAGUGAAAUGCUCCCGUCACAGAAGUAUUAAUGUUACUAAAUAAAGUUUAGAGAUAACAGAAUUUAUGUGUCAUUGAUAGAUAGUUGGAUAGCGUAGGACUGAACGUGUCAGAAACAAAAUGUAUAUGUAAGGUAGGGGUCUUGGGCGUUCGGUUUGAGGAUAAUUGAUGUAGAUCGCAAAUUGAAUCUCUGAAAGGUAGUCAGUGCUUUCAACUCAGCGUGUGCCCCGGAAUACCUUGCGGAUACUGUCAAAACGCUGAGUUGAUAGUUUUUAAUUAGUUUAAGUGUUAAUUAGGCUAGUUAUUAUAAUCUCAUCGAUGUUCUACCUCAUUUCGACGCAAUACGUUACAGAGAUCGGCCCUGAGACGACAGCGUAAUCUAAUCGUACCUACUUCACUCUACGGAGUAUAAAACCUAUUUUUUUUUUCGUAAUUUUUAUUUAUUUUUUCCCCAGUUAUUUCUUGUGUUGCAUAGAUGUUACUAUGUUUUAAGGAAAUGAGAAUUGAGAAAAAUUAUUGUUUGUUAGGUUUCUGCGAAUUAAAAAAAAUGUAACAAAAUUUA